AUGACUUCGUUGUUUUCAGCAGCAAAUCCAUUGCCAUUGGCACCACCAUCAACCCCAACAAUCAGUUACUCUCAGACACAUCAAUGGUGUACUUGUAGAACUACAAACCCCUUCUUCUUUCCUUUUCCUUAUCCACUUACUUAUUCCCGUCUUACUCAAAAACCAAACGCUCAUGCUACUCUCCAGGGUUCGUCUUCUUCUUCUGAUUCUAAUAAAGAACAGCAACAACAAGAAGGAGAAGAAGAAGAAGAGUAUCAAGUAUUGACAGCAGUUAGAAGUCAGUACAAUGACAUUGUGAUCGUUGACACUCCUAAAACCAGGAUGCUACUCCUCGACUCCACUCAUCAUGUUCAUAGCGUUCUUUAUAAGGAUGGUCAGAAAUGGACUCGUUCAUAUUGGGAUGAAUUUGCUACUUUGCCGGCCAUUAUUCCAGAAGGUCCCGUUGCAAUAUUUGGCCUGGGUGGUGGUACAGCUGCACAUUUGAUGCUUCAUGUGUGGCCUUCAUUGCAGCUUGAAGGUUGGGAGAUUGAUGAAAUUUUGAUCAAUAAAGCAAGAGAUUAUUUUGGGCUAUCGGAUCUUGAGAAGCAUACUCAAGCUGGUGGCAUACUUCAUGUUGUUGUUGGAGAUGCCCUAUGCCCCUUGGAAGAUGACUGUAGAAAAUAUGCUGGCAUUGUCAUUGACCUUUUCUAUGGGGGGGCGAUUUUGCCACAGUUACAAGAGGUAGAAACUUGGUUGAAACUGAAGGAUAGAUUGAUACCCAAUGGUCGCUUUAUGGUGAACUGUGGAGGCAUUGAAGAAUUAGAUUCUAUAAACGGAAGAAUCAAUCCUAAAUCAGUUGAUGAUGCUUGGGUUGAAAAUCCGACCAUCAAGGUUUUGUGUGAAGCAUUUCCUGGACAAUUAAGCUGGAAGAAAAAGCCAGAGAGUGAAGGUGCAAAUUAUCUUGCACUGUCAGGACCUUUGCCUGAUUUGACCUCAUGGUCUGCUAUGGUCCCAGAUCAUUUGAGUGCAACUAGGGAUAUCCAGUCUGGAACAUGGCACUUUUGUGAAUUUUCCUGCACAAGGUUAAAACGGCAUCCUGGGAUCUGUCCUUUACUGGCAAGUGGCAAGCCAUUGCGAUUCCAGGAGGCUAUUUCAACUCAUUUACAGUUCUCUUUUGAGUCUUUUUUUCCGUGCAUUCACUUGACAAGCAUCUGUUUCUUCGUGGAAUGUCAAUUCUGCUCUCAGACAAUAAUCACUGAGCUAUUAUUAAAAGGCAGAUUCGAUCCUGUAAAAUUCCUAUCUGAAAGCGAGAUUGCUUAUGCAUUAGAUUCUUUUCUCACAGGCUUCGUCAAUUUUUGUUUAGAGGCCUGA